AUGGGCCCCUAUCCAAGAACAGGUAGGGGUAAAACAUGCAUACUGGUGGUCACCGAUUGCUUUAGCCGAUGGGUCGAAGCCUACCCGCUAGGUACGGCCACCGCUAAUGUAAUCAUUCAAACUCUCGAACGCGAGUUCUUUUCACGGUUCGGGUACCCUCGAGUGUGCCUUAGUGACAACGGGACUCAGUUCACUUCGAAAGAAAUGCUCAGAGCACUCGACCGAUGGGGGGCGGAGGGGUGGACUACUCCGGUGUUCCAUCCACGAGCUAACCCCGUCGAACGUCGCAACCAAGAGCUGAAGAAAGGACUACGUGCACACCUCGUGGACGAAAGUCAUCGCUCUUGGGACACUAAGCUAUCGUCGAUACUCUUCGCUAUUCGGAAUAGACUGAACGAGGCUACAGGUUUCCCACCGUCGGUUCUGGUACUCGGCAGAGAAGCCAGACGGCCCGGCGAUUGGGCCCUAUCUGAACCUCCCGUCAUUCCCGUGGUGGAGAUCAACCAACAUAGACGAGGGCAAGAGACAGUUGCCUUCGAAAACCACGAAAAAAAUCAAAAAUCAGUCACCCCGAUUAAAUCAAAAUUUUUCGACUGGUGA